AGUACAUUUAGCAGAUAUAACAGUCCCCACGACGGCUUUCAGGUGUCUCUCCCUUCAGCAGUAUCGUUUCACAGCUCAUGCAUAUCAUAAAGUUUGUUCGUUUAGAGGACAGCGGAUUCCACCUUCCAGAUUUGCCACGCAUGUCAUUUCAGGAUAGGAUUAAGAAGCCAAAUCUAACAUUUAACAUCAAAAUUAUAUGUUUAAAGACUAAUAAAAAGCCUGCAAAUAGCAGGAGCAAGGGGGCUAAGUGGGAAGUGGAAUGGCCUCAAACCUCCUUAAACAUAGUUUCCAGUUUCAGUUAAUGUUUUAAAAAGGGCAAUUGACAAGUCAGCACUAAUACCAAAUAGCAUAAAGAUACAUGUCACAUGCGUCCUGGCCAAUCAAAUAGCAUAAAAAUCGAUAUACGGAUUUUAUAGCUAUGUCCACAAGAUGGCGCUACAACAUCUUUCUUACUUGCAGGGGGGGUUUACGUUCACGACCCCUACUUAAAGAGAGGCACAACUUUUCGAUUUGGCAUAAAGCUCACUGAAGCGCCUUAGGCGACGGUGGUACCACACUCAAUACCUCAUGGGAGAUAUUAGAACGCUGUAACUGAACUUAUCCGUCUCAGGAAGUAUUAAGGCAGAGUAAAGACAGGGUCCGUCCAAGAACCGGCGAAAUCGGGACCUCCUGUUUCUGGAAGGCAGUAGGCUAUUUUAAAUAAUCAAGCGAUGCUGUAAAAAGUGGUGAACUGGAAAGACGCAAAGUGACAACAGUUAUUUUUAACCGUAAAAAACUGCGCCGAAAACAUUUAAGAGAUAACAGUCCACCUAAUGGAUUUAAGAAAAAUAAGUGCAAACCAGUCAUCAGCAUUUUUGGAGUGCCUAACUGCGCAGACGAACUUGUCCCUGAGCAUCACGGCCAAUGUGACGGAGGAGGUAAACGGCACCGCCUGCGCAAACGCGUCCGCCGCCCCGAAGACGCCGCUCCCCCGGAAUAAAGAAAUGCACUCUGUGCGGAUCUUUCUCUAUUCGCUCAUCUUCCUACUGGGUGUGUUUGGGAACCUGCUGAUCAUCAUGGUGCUGCUGGUGAACAAGCGAAUGCGCACGGUGACCAACUCUUUCCUGCUGUCGCUGGCGGUCAGCGACUUGACCAUGGCAAUAUUCUGCAUGCCCUUUACCCUCAUCCCCAACCUGCUGGAGGACUUCAUCUUCGGAGCCGCCAUGUGCAAGAUCGUUACCUACUUCAUGGGCAUCUCAGUGAGCAUCUCCACAUUCAGCCUGGUCGCGAUAGCCAUCGAGAGGUACAGCGCCAUCUGUAACCCGCUGAAGUCUCGCGUGUGGCAGACGCGUUCCCACGCCUACCGGGUCAUCACCUCCACUUGGCUCCUUUCCGUCUUCCUCAUGAUCCCCUAUCCAGUCUUUAGCACCCUGGUUACCUUCAAAAAGCAAAAUUGCAUCACCGCUCAUAUGUGUCGCCUCAGCUGGCCGAAGAGCCAGGUGGAACAGUCAUGGUACAUCCUCCUGUUGUUUGUCUUGUUCUUCAUGCCCGGGGUUGUGAUGAUUAUCGCUUAUGGACUGAUCUCUAGGGAGCUGUACCGGGGAGUGCAGUUUGAGCUCGGCCAAAAAAGCCAUGCAGGUGGGCUUAGGAAUGGCCCGAGUGGUACAGUAUCAUCUGGAAGUGAUGAUGACGACGGCUGUUACAUUCAAGUCACCAAAAGGCCCAAUGUUGUGGAGAUGUCAGUACUCACGGCCACCAGAGCCUCCAAUGCAGACCGACCACGCAGCAACACCUCAGAGGCGAAACUCACGGCCAAGAAGCGAGUGAUCCGCAUGCUGAUCGUCAUCGUCGCCAUGUUCUUCAUCUGCUGGAUGCCCCUGUAUUCCGUCAACACCUGGAAGGCAUUCGACUUGCAGUCCGCCCACCGAACCCUAUCGGGGGCGCCCAUCUCCUUCAUCCAUCUGCUGUCCUACACCUCGGCCUGCGUCAACCCCAUCAUCUACUGCUUCAUGAACAAGCGCUUCCGCAAGGCCCUGUUGGCCACCUUCACCUGCUGCUGGAGGCCGUGCCGGCGUCGGCGUGAGGCCGAUGAUGAUGUCAUCGCUAUGGGUGCGUCACUGUCCAAGUUUAGCUACACCACUGUGAGCACCAUGGGACCCUCCUGACUCCAAGUAUAUAAAAGCACAGGCCAUGCAUAGAUACAGAAGGCAGUAAUGCUUUUCACUCAUGCUAUUCACAUAAUAUUAGUGUUCCAUGCAAUGUACUGUGACUUCCUGUGUAUAGAAAUGAUUCCUGCUUUUCAGUGAAUGUAAAUGCUGUGUUCUGUUGAUUAAGGACUCAUUUUCUCCUGAGUACAGCUCUUUCCAAACUUUAAAGUCUUUGUUGGAGUAUUACUAAGUGUGACAUACAUAUGCAUUUGUAAAUAUGAAAUAUCAAUUUUAUUUUGCCGUUAAGUGCUUGGUUAUUCAUAACAGCUCACGCCUUGUCUUGCCAGGUACUAUUUUGGUACCUUUCCUUGCUCUCAGAUGUUUGUAAUUCUGUAAGAUUAGUCUAGUGACUACAUUCACAUUUGUUUCAUUUAGUAUAUGCUGCAGAUUAGUCUCGUAUGUGACGGCAGAAUAUCCCCUUUGGGCAGAUCAUCAACAGUGUAUUUUUGGUUCUGGCUACGGAUGGUACAAUGUACUUAAAAUCGAACUGUUAAUGAUUGUUUUAGAGUUAAUCUGUUUUGCUAAUUACUGUGUGUAUGACAGAGGUGGAAAGUUCCGGUUCAGAAAGUACAAAUCCAGGCCAAAAUUUUGUUUCAGCCAACCAGUUGUGUACUCUGUGAAUGUGAUUCUUUAUACUCAACUGAUUGAUUGAAACAAAACAUUGGUCUCGAUUUGUACUUUUUGUACUUGAAUUUUCCCCCUCUGGUGUAUGGAAUGGAUUGGUCUCUUUCCUCAUAAUACGUUGACACAAUGUCAAUAGCUUAUGAAAUGUAUGGCUACUUAUAUUUUAAUCCAACUAGUUUUUCUUUUUGUUUAAUAUGUGGUCAAUUAUCUAGUAAACUCUUAGGAUUUAGUAAA